GUCGCGAACCCGCCAACCGCACGUUCGUAUUGUGCAGAAAUGGUAUCACUGCAUCGUUCGUGCGUACUCGGUAACGUUCGGCUCGGCAAUCUUGAAAUCGGCGUUCAAUCAAUAGCGUGAGAUUUGCAAGCGAGUUUAUGUUUACCACUUUCAUUUAAAAACAAAUUCUAGUCAGCCGAUCAAGUUAUAACGUGUUUAUACUCCAAUUAUGACGAAUAUUUGUGGUAAUAUUUCGUAAAAAUUAUUUUAAUAAUUAGUUACCAGUGAUGUUAUUCUUUCUGUUGAUCGUUUAAUCGCGAAUACGUAUCGUCCUUAUUAAAAUUCUGAACUGUUUCCGCGUGGUGUUUUCGUCUGAAAGAAGAUGCAUCAUCGGUACAGUUAGCAUUGGAGAAAAAUGAGAAGAAAUGUGAAAAUAAUAUUGUUCCUAGCAUCCUGCUGGAUUUUCAUUCUCGUUUACUAUGUACAGAAUACCGCUAAAGAGCUAAAGCUCGAAGAAAACCGAGGUCUCCGACUGAAAGAACCUAUUCGCCAAAGUCUAGUCAUCAACGAUGAUAUACGCAGCGAAGCGUAUAACGGUACAUUUUAUCAAACGGCGUUUUCGGAAACGCCAUCCGAUGGGAAUUUCAAAACGGCGGUGGAAAGCUUUUUCGACGAGAACGGAUACGUUGCCGGAGGAACGCUGAAACCGGGAGAAGACGCUUAUGGUAGAAAUAAAUUCAAUCAAAUAGCUAGCGACAAAUUAGCUAGUAACAGAGAGAUACCAGAUACUCGGAUGUCACAAUGCCCAAACACAUUCCACGAUGACUUACCGCAAACCAGUGUAAUAAUUACCUUUCACAAUGAAGCUAGAUCGACGUUGUUGCGUACGGUGGUCAGUGUGCUGAAUCGCAGCCCGGAGCAUUUAAUAAAAGAAAUAAUCUUGGUCGACGACUUCAGCGAUGAUACGAAAUACGGCGAAGAAUUAAGUAAAAUUCAGAAAGUUCGAGUAUUACGAAAUGAUAAACGCGAAGGUUUGAUGCGAUCCCGGGUGAAAGGUGCAGACAACGCCACCGCUCCUGUACUCACAUUUCUAGAUAGUCACGUCGAAUGUAAUAAAAAUUGGCUGCAGCCGUUACUCGAACGAAUUCGUGAAGAUCCUUCUCGAGUUGUUUGUCCCGUAAUUGAUGUAAUAAACAUGGAUACCUUCGAAUAUAUCGGAGCAUCGCAAGAACUGAGAGGAGGAUUUGACUGGAACUUGGUAUUCAAGUGGGAGUACAUGACGAAAGAAGAACGACUCCAAAGGACUAGUCCGAUAGCACCGAUUAGAACGCCAAUGAUUGCCGGAGGAUUAUUCUCCAUUGAUCGAAAAUAUUUCGCCAAGCUGGGAAAAUACGAUAUGCAAAUGGAUAUAUGGGGCGGCGAAAAUUUAGAAAUAUCAUUCCGCGUGUGGCAAUGUGGCGGCAGCCUGGAGAUAAUUCCGUGUUCCAGAGUUGGUCACGUGUUUCGCAAGAAGCAUCCGUAUUCGUUUCCAGGAGGAAGUGGAGCUGUAUUUGCCAAAAAUACCAGACGGGCGGCUGAAGUAUGGAUGGAUGAAUAUAAGGAAUUUUAUUACGCCGCUGUUCCUCUUUCCAGAACUGUGCAGUAUGGAGACAUUUCCGAACGUUUGGAUUUGAGAAGACGAUUGAAUUGUAAACCGUUUAAAUGGUAUUUGAAAAAUGUUUAUCCUCAAUUGAAGGUGCCCCAGACUGCGGUAGGAAGCAUUCAGCAAGGUCCUUAUUGUAUGGAUACUAUGGGCCACCUAUCUGGGGAUACUGUUGGAUUGUACCCUUGCCACAAUACCGGAGGAAAUCAGGGUUGGAUGAUUUCCAAGACUGGCCAGAUUAUGCAUCACUCUGUAUGUUUAUCGUUAAACGAUCCAGUUCCUAAUAGUUUAAUCAUCAUGCGACAUUGUCAAGAAGUUUUAGAUCAGACGUGGCAUUUCACAACAGGUAAGAAUGGUUUACUUCAGUUUCGCGGUACGAAUCUAUGCGUGGAUUCGAAAUUUGCUCAGAGCAUCGGCAUCGUUGUUGAUAUUUGUGAUCCGUCAUCGAACACGCAACAAUGGAAUCAUCUCGUAAGAUAACUGAGGCAGAUCGACUCACCGACUGACUUCUCAAUGCCGAUUCCACUCGACAAUAACGAAUACUUACAUGGAUAAAAGCACGUUAAUUUUAUCCAGUGUGUGUGUGCUUAGAGAGUUCGUUAGUUAGAUGAAUGAUCGAAACUCGAAACGACUGAAUUGGUUUUAUGGAAACGUGAGUUCUACACGUUGAUAACGAAACCCUUUGUGGUAAAAAGCACGUAUUUUUUUAUCUACCUAGUGUGCUUAGAGAGUUUGUUAGUUAGAUGAAUGACUGAAACGACUGAUAUGAUUUUCUCGCCAAGGGCGAGUUCUCUGCAAAUCAUAUUUUUCUAUACUCAAGUCUCUUCUCAUUUUAUUGACUAGUUACGUUUGCUGACGACGGUAAAAGGUACUGAAAAAAUACCUUUGUGGUUGCUUGAGUUUUCAUGAGAUUUUUGCCCGAAUAUUUCUCCUAUUAUUUUUUUUCUCGUUUGGCUUGAUUUUUUUUGAAAAAAGUGAGCCUGUAACGAAAAAAUUAGCAUUAAUGUAGCGAGUGACGAAGAAAGGAGACGUACUUACCUAUAGUGGAAUGAGCAAAUCAUCGAAAUUUUUUAAUUAGUUUUAAGAAUGUUUUACAUUCUUUUUAUACGAGUAAGAUAAUAUUAUUUAAAUAAGAAUGUCGUAUUUAAUUGGUCUUCCUUAGCAUUUUCUAUGAAGAGAAUUUUUUAUCCUAUUUCGCUACUCCUUUUUUUCUAAAUCGAUCAUUCGAACGUUCCACUAUUUUUAAUUUUUUCUAGAAAAGCUUUUCCCUAAGUUAUGAUACAAAAUAAAUUUUUGUACUUUGUUUGUGUUUA